AUCGAAAAAUUUUUCCAACAAAAGAAAUAUCUUCAUUCAUUAAAUAAUCAUUUUGAUUUAUAUGAAUCUCAAAUUAUUGCUGUCUUACCAGAUAAUACAUCAAAUGCAUUACGACGAUUUAUUGAAGCUCUCUUCAUCACACAUGCUGAAACAAAAUUGAAUACUUUGGGUCAUUUAGACGAUGAAGAUUUAACAAUUCAUAUACAAUCAACCAAUGAAUUAUGUUUUGAAAAUCUUAUUCGUCGUCCAUUGAAUUAG